UUGCCGGUGCACUUUUUAGUUUGUAAUUUUAACGCGAAUAUUUUUGCAAUUCGUUAAGAACUGUCCCUUUUUUGGCACAAAUAAAAGCCAGAAAAAAAAAGAACUGUCCCUGAACUCAAGAUGCCAAAAAAACCACCUAGGAAUGCGUUUUACUUCUACAUGAUCGAUUUUAGAGAAGAACAGAGAAAAAAAGGCGUAAAUUAUAAAAAUAUGGCAGAAGUUGCUGAAGCGGCCGGUCAAGUGUGGCGGGAAGCCCCUCCAUCUGUAAGAUCAAAGUUUGAAGGUAUCGCAAAGAAAGAAAAACAAAAAUUCAAUAUUCCUGAUACGAAGUUUACCUCAACUGGUAUACCUUUGGCUCUUAUAGAACAGGCUGAAAAAGACGUUCGGGAAGCGGAAGAAUUUGAAAAAAAAGACAUAAAAAAUAUGGUCAAUUUGAGAACAUUUAAUAACAGUAUUAAAACACUGGACAUAUACUUGAUGGAUGUGAACUACUACUGCAAGGCGGGAUCUGAUUAUAUCAUUGGUGAAAGCACAUUGCUACGCUUCAAUAUUCAAGAUGGCAUCAAGGAUACUUAUCAUGAGAUUAUUAAUCCUGGGGAUAUUCCACUCGGAUACACUUCUGAAGUUAAACUAGGCAGCCAGACUUAUGGUCUCGAAAUGCCAGACGAUUCAGCGCCGCGCAGUAACUACAUGCAGAUCUUGGCCAAUGUCAUCGAUUAUUUGAAGCAGGUGGAUCACCAGGCUCAGACCUUGCCACCGAUAUUCACCAUGCCUGAUAAAGUAGAACCGGUGCAGAACUUUAUUCACCAAAUGUGCCGACGAGCAGCUGAAGACGAGAAUCUGUUCCGUAUAUACAAGUUCGAUAUUCUAUUCUUUACAAUGGUAAACGCGCUUAAGACUCAGCCGGACGAAGGUUUUCCGAAAGAAUCAUUGGCCCUGCUACAGCUGAAAAAGGAUUCUUUUAAAUAUACGCCCGGGAUCGCUUGCGAGCACCACGAGCGCUCGGACAUGUCGGUGGAGUGCAGCCAGUCGCGCGCCAAGCGCUGGGCCUACACGGCGCUGGACAGCUGCUGCCCGGCCGCCGGCGUGGCCGCGCGCCCCGCCGCGCACGUGCCGCCCGACUACGACCUCGACAGUAUCCACGUUUUCAAGGAACAGAAGAAAGUCAGGCACGCGCCAUCUGUAGCUGGUUAUGCUCAAGCAAUGUCUUCAUGCAACACUUCUAUGGCAAGCGAUUCAUUCUAUGACACUACAAUCAACAGCUCUGUGGACAGUUCAAAGAAAGAGAAAAGGGUCCACGUUCCAUUGCGUAUGCCCAAAGCUGAUUAUUCACAAGCUAUUCGAGUUGCACCGGAACUCACGGAAGCUGACUUUCCCAGUUUGGGACAAAGACCCGGUCGAGGUCGAGGCAUGGGCGGCAGUUUCAGCAAACACAAACUUGACAAGUAAAACAAUUGAAGUUAUAUGUCAUUAAUGUUUAAAGAAUUACCUACAGGAUCCCUAAUUUUAAGUUAUAAUAAUUAUUUCUGACUUUCUUGUUGUUAAUCUAUAUCUAUAAGGAUUUUUUUUAUAAUUUCUUAUAUUGACUAUUAAGUUUAUUCUUGUUAUCAUAAAUAGUGUCUAUGGUUCAUAUCAAUGGGUUUUGUAUAAUGUGCGAAGAAAUCUUUAGUUGUAGUUGUGUUCACUGUACUAAUAUGACAACAUAGGCAACUGUUGAAUGAAGUUCGCUAACAGGUGGUGCUAGCAAUAUGCACCUUUGCCAUGCAACUUACAUCCAUGUUACAUUCAGAACUCACCCGGCUAAAUUCAAGACACAACAAAGUAAGUCUUUAUUCCAUAUAUAGAAGCAUUACAUUUUAUUAUUGAUUAUCAUUAAAGACUUGGUAAAAUAUAAAAAAAAAACAGCGGAAGGAAAUUGAAAUUAUAUGUUUUUUUUGCAUUAUUUUUGUAUACAAUUGCAAUAAUUAUAAUUUUUAAUUGUUUGAUCUGUUCGUUUCAUUCCAAAGUAUAUUAUAUUAACCACUUUUACGAACUAAUAUUUGUCAGUCUGAUUUUAUAUAUAAUAACCCUCCUUUUCACUUUGCCGUAGUCCAGUAAACAGCUGUUUACUGGACUACGGCACCGGACCGGGAACAAGUUCUGAUUGUAACUCAUACGUACUGUAUACUAGUAUUUACUAGUUGAAUCUAUUCAGAAAAAGGCACGUCCCUCUAUGUUACUCAAUACUUACAAUUAAUACAAUUUAUUUACAUAAUUAUUAAAACAUACAUUGAAUACUAUUAUAUAUACUAUAAAGUUGUUGUUGUCAUAAAAACACUAGAAAUUAAAAAAAAAAACAAAGAGUUCUCUUUCACUUAGGAUUUUUUUUAAAUAUACUGUAGGUACUCAACUCAAUUCGAAAGUUAUUGCAAAAUAAACUAUGAUAUAUAUGCAACUUAACCAUCAUAAUUAGUACUGGCUUUAGGUAGUGGUUGUGAGCAUCCAUUAGAGGAGGUACUGCUCACAAGUUAUACUAUUGAACACAAACAUUUGGAUCAAUGUGUUACGAUUUUACGGAAUAUAGGUGAACUAAGCAAUGCUCCCUGUACGAGGCAUUUGAGAUGCUAUCUUAGAUGCCAUUCCGAAAUGGAUUUGUCAUUGACAUAAAAAAAAAUUUUUAUAGUCUCUAUAUGUAUUAAUUAAGGAUGACCACGUAUAGGUCAUUUGUCUAUAUACCUAACUAAAUUAUAAAAAAAAUAUGUAUUAAUGACAUUUUCUUUAAUGGAAACAUAUGACACUAAACUAUUACAAAAAAACAGCUCUUUUUCUAGGAAAUUGAGUUGGGAUUAAUUUAAAUUAGGUACGAUAAAUAGAAAUAAAUAGAAAUUAACAGGUUUCCCUUAUUCUAUCUCUAAGAUAGUCUUUAAUUUUUUUGUUAAGUUCUUCAAAUGUCCAACCCCUGAAGCCAUCGCUUAGUUUGUUUUCUUUUACUAUCGAAUUUGACAGCGUCUUUAUUUCCUACAGUUUAGAUAUUAUUCCAUGAUAUUCGGUGUAGAGUAGAUAAAAAAUACGUAUUACAAUACAAAUAUUAGCAAAUGUGUGGUUGUAGUUUUAGUAAUUAACUUUAAUGUUAUCUUACUCUCAAUAGCCUAAGCCAGUAGGAAUGUGUACGCACAUACAUUUAUAUUAUAUAAGUCUGUAAUAUAAACGCUCUUAGAAUGUUUGCGUUGUGAUAAAUGUGUAGGAUUUUAAACAUCAUAUAUUGGGAUAUUAAACCAUAUUAUAUUUGUCGUAAAAUUUUCAACUAUUAGUGGAUAAUUUAAAGUAAUUUUUAAGCUGAACUGAUUUCGAUAGGUCCAAUAGGAUAUCUCAAAUUUUCAAUGACGUCUAUAAAAUAUAAAUUGACGUCAUAAAUUUAUAAAAAAAAAAAACAGUAAAUAUAUUCACGCUGUACAAAGAGAACCUAUCAGAAUCUAA